CAGAACGUAGUGCCAUGCUUGGUACAAGUGACCCCCGUACCACCUCAAGGAACCACUCCCUCAUUAAUAUUGUAUGUCUCUUCAUCCUAUUUAUUUCGCAAUUGACUCGACAAUCACUCUGCAUCUGUACAUUACAUACUACAUCUCCCAACCCUUUCCCUCGUCGAAACCCACACUAUUAAGUGAGGCAUCCAAAUGUUUACCGCAACGGUCUGUUUUCCUGUAACCCCUGCUAUUUUUUCAACGUCUAGGUAUACCGGCGUCAAUAACCGUAUCCUCGGCCAAAAUGCCAUUGAUACGUUCCCAUCAUGUUCGAGGCUUCCGAGUCCCUACAUGAUGGACCUGCUGGCCUGUUCAUGCAGCGCCAUGUUUCUCUCCCGCAGGGCUCAGUCCGGUAUUUUUCGGCAGCGGGUGAAUCCGGCAGCGGUCACAACUUCUUGGAUACUUCAUUCGUCAAUCAUCAAGUCGAUAUUCUUUUCUUAUUCUUCGGUCCAGGCAAGAUCAUCAUCCACCCAUGACGCUGUCAGCUUAAUCGGACUAGAAUCAUUCGGCUUUUAUUUGCGCACCGUAUUAAGUGGUUCUAACAUUGCAUUAUCUUGCGACAUACACUCGAUUCUAAUCUUAUUGCCUAAGGAUGUCGCAUCUCACUGCAAUCCAUCAGUCGCGAUGUUGCGUCUUGUUGCAUCUUGUCGCGUGUUGCCUAUGUACGCCGCGUCGAGCCGCGCCUUCUUACAUUUGAAAUCUCUGGAUCCAAAAGGAUGUCACGGUGCAAAAAUAGAGAUGCCGUGUCGAUGUUGCGACUGACGCGACGGUAGCGUGCCCCGUCCUGCUUGGGACAUAACUAUAUAAUCGUCCGAUGUGUCUGUCUUGAUGUAGACAGACGCGUCAUGUCUUUUUUUUUUUGGCUUCAGGGUGUGGUCCUUUGGGGUCGGACCGUUGUAGACCCUGUUGGACAUUGUCUCGUCAUCAGCUGUCUAUCGUAUUACACGUCAUGUUCAACGAAGGCUUGAUACAGCAAGUUCUAAUACCAUUUAGCUUGUCGCAGCGAUAUAUAAAAGUGGCAUU